UACAAUUGUUUUAACAUUAAAUAAGACCCUGGAAUGACAGGUAAUGGAACGUCUACCAGUACUCAUCAAGAGCAAUGGACAAUGGAAUGAAGAUCACAAUUAUGUGAACUAUGUGGCUAGUGGAGAAUUCAUACCAACAAAAUGCAAGUACGAAGAGCUACUGCAAAUACUGGUUACUUCAUUGGGGUGCGAAAACACCAGCACAACACUACAAAUACAGUACCAAGCUAAAGAAGGAAUACCACCGAUCAAAAUAUGCAACGAUCGAAGCCUCUACUUUUACUUGGAAUUGAAAAUGAAGGAAACAGAUUUCACGACAUAUCCACUAUGUGUGAACCAGGAAAACAACAACACAACACGUGCUGCAACACCAAAUUCGAUAUCCACAACAACACCGAAUGAAUAUAAUGUUGCAAUGAUCGAAAACAACACAACAACGCUUGAAAACAACAUAACAACAACAGAAUCAUACACAACGGGACAGCAAACGGUAGAAGGGGAAAAGUCAGAAACAAUAGAAGAUGAGGAGGACAAAUUCGACAUAAUUGACUAUGCAAAUCUGGUUGCUGAAGAAAUGGUAGAACAACUUGAAAACACCAGUAAAAAACUGGAUCCAGAAAUUGACAUCAACAAUGCAAAGUUAAUAACAGACAAGCAACACCCCGAAGUGGAAAAAGGACAGGCAUACAAAGACAAAGAAACUCUAAAAAAUGUCCUCAGCUACUACGCAAUCAAAAACAACUUUCAGUACAAAGUGUGGAAGUCCUGCUCUCAAGAAUACAGUCUGAAAUGUGUUUACGAAAGCUGCAAUUGGUCACUAAGAGCAUCGAGAAAUGGGCCAACAAACACAUUCAUAAUCAGGAGGUUCUCAAAUAUGCACACAUGCCCCAUAAAUAUAAGGCAUGAAGACCAAAGGCAAGCAACAUCGAAACUGAUAGGGGAAUGCAUAAAACCGAAGUUCUUGAACAUAAAGACCAAGGCAACAGCGAUGGACAUAAAAGGGGAGUUGAAAUACAGAUAUGGCAUCAAAAUGAACUAUAUGAAAGCUUGGAGAAGUAAGGAACAUGCAGUAAACGACUUGAGAGGUAAUGCUAGUGACUCGUACAGCCUAAUACCGAGUUUCUUACACAUGGUGGAAAAAACAAACCCUGGAUCAUUUGUGGAUCUGAAAACGGCAGAAGACAACAGCUUGCUCUUUGUUUUCAUGGCGUUGGAUGCAUCCAUAAAAGGGUGGGGAGCAUGCAGACCGAUAGUUGUUGUGGACGGAACGUUCCUCGAAAGCGGCUUAUGGGGGAACUUUGUUGUGCGCAUGCACACAAGAUGCGACAGUCAUAUUUUUCCACUAGCGUUUUGUGUUGCAGAUUUUGAGAAUGACCAAUCUUGGAAAUGGUUCUUCAAAAAAUUUAAAGAAGCGUAUGGUGUACGGGAACACCAAUGCCUAAUUUCGGUACGAAAUGAAAGCCUCAUCAAAGCAGCGAGAGAAAUAUAUCCAGAAAUUGCACACAGUUACUGCGGUUACCACAUUUUGAGCAACCUUAAAACAAGCUUCAAACAACAUGCUGCCAAAUACAAUCUGCCAUUCUUUGGAGCAGUGAAAGCCUACACAGAAAAGCAAUUCGAGUUCCACAUGGCUGAAUUGGAUGGAUUGGACAAACGCAUAAGACCUUACCUCAAAAAAAUCGGGUAUGAAAAGUGGUCAAGAAUUCAUAGCCAAAACAAGAGGUAUUCCACAAUGACCUCAAACAUAUCAGAAUCACUGAACGCUGCAAAUUUGGCAGCAAGGGAGCUACCAAUUACAACGCUGCUAGAAUGCUUGAGAGCAUUGGUGCAACAAUGGACGCAUACUAAUAGGACAAAAGCACAAAACACCUUCACUAAGCUAUCACCAACUGGAGAAGACAUACUGUUGAAAAAUUACACAUACUCAUUGAAUCUGGAGGUUAAAGCAACAACGGAUUACUUGUUUGAGGUAACAAGAAUGAAAGAAUCGUGGGAAGUAGACCUAGAAAAAAGAACAUGCACGUGCAACAGGUUCCAAAUAGAUGAAAUGCCAUGCGGGCACGCGAUGGCCGUGAUGAGGAGAUGA